CAUUCCGAGCUUGUGAUGUCGCCUCAUGAGCGACCGUACGAAGGGAAAAGCAGCGAGCGUACGGAGAUGCACGUGCUGGAAUUUACACUGACUGUGCUGACGGUCGCCGGUGUCUGGCGGCCGCGCUCGUGGAAGUCGUCACAGACGAAACAAAUGUUAUACGACGCCUACACGGUCGUCCUGAGCGUACUGAUCCUCAUGUUCACCAUGUCCCAAUUUAUGGAACUGCUGCUUAACACCAGCAACGCUGACGAAUUGACGGAGAUACUGUACAUGGUACUGAUCGGAGUCACUUUCACGGCUAUGGUCGACAAUCUGACCGUGGAGCCGUUCAAGCCGAUAGGAAAGAACGAGACGAUCAUUCGAAGAAGAUUUGACAAGAUGAUCACGAAUAUUACAUUUCGGUACUUGAUGCUCAUCGUGACAACAGCUAUCUACAUCACUCUGCUGUCGUUGUUCACGGACUUCAGAAGACGGGAUUUAACGUAUAAAGCUUGGUUCCCGUUCGAUUACUCGGUCUCCGCGAUAUACUACUUCCUGUACGUUCAUCAAAUGUUCAGCAUGCUGUUUACCAGUUUCUUGAACGUCGCCUGCGACAGCCUCUUUUCCGGCCUGCUGUUGCAUCUUUCUUGCCAAAUCGACAUCUUGGAUUAUCGAUUGUCGAAGAUCGCGAACAAUGAAAAUAUGCUACGCAAAUGCGUCUUUCAUCACAAUCGUAUAUUCGAAUUCGCUACCACGCUAAAUGAAAAAUUGGCCGUUGUCAUCGGCAGCCAGUUCAUAGGAAUCUGCUUGGUGGUGUGCUGCCUGCUGUUUCGCUUGGCAGUGUCGUCAUCCAGCGUCAUGUACAUUCAGACUCUCAUGUGUCUGUCUUGCGCGUUAUUAGCAAUGUUCUAUUACUGUUGGUUUGCGAACGAGGUCAAGCUGAGGAGUCUGGAAUUUUCGGACAAUAUCUACAAAAUGGAGUGGCCGGACCUCAACAACAACGUGAGGAAGUGCAUCGUGAUAAUUAUGAGCCGUGCGAUGUCGUCGCCCAUCAAAUUCACUAGCGCGCGUAUCGUUCCCCUGAACCUCGAGUCUUUCGUGAUGGUGCUCAAAACCUCGUACACGGUUUUCAACUUGAUGCGGCAGAUAUUCGUGUUGCCUUUGAUCGUAAGCGAACGCGCUAUCGCCAUAUAUCACGUUCAAAAUCGCGACAUAGAGUUCAUGAAUAUCAUACUGAACGUCGAGAAUUCCGACGAAUUCACCGACGCCCUGUACAUGAUGCUGACCGUGCUGGUCGCGGCCUACAAGCAAACUUUCAUGCUGCUGGACCGCGGAAACAUCACGAUGAUAAUUGACCAGCUCACCGUGAGACCCUUCGCACCGUGUGAGUCGCACGAGGUGACGAUUCGGCGGAAAUUCGACAAAAUGAUACAAGCAAGAGUAGACUAUGAGCAUUUAUUAUGCAUUCGUUGUGCUUUAGUUAGGUGGCUUCGCGAUGGGUCUUUCGACAGGAUGUGUGGGCCUGAUUUCAAGAACUUGACAACAAUAAAAUCCACGUCGUCAUUUUGCAGGAGCAACGUGUUGCGCUACUUGAUUCUCGUGACAAUGUCGAUCACGUCGAUACUCAUGACGUCCUUUUUCACGGAGCUGACGAAGAGAAACCUGACGUACAAAGCGUGGGUGCCGUUCGACUAUUCGUCAUCCAACGUCGUGUUCCUUCUCGUGUACACCCACCAAUUGAUAGGCAUGUCGACCUCCGGUAUAGUAAACGUCGCUUGCGAGAGCUUAAUUUGCGGAUUCCUGUUGCACAUCUGCUGCCAACUUGAGAUUUUAGAGUAUCGAUUGACGAAAAUUUCGCGGGACCAUGACGUCCUGGGCGACUGUGUUUAUCAUCACAACCGCAUAUUUACAUAUGCGUACGAGGUGAAUAACAUGUUCGCCAAGAUAAUCGCCAUACAGUUUGCGGUGAGCAUGCUGGUGGUGUGCUCGAAUCUGUAUCGGAUAGCCAUGGCGGAGGACUACAUGAGCAUCGUCCCGUUGAUGUUUUACACGAGCGCGAUAUUGGCGCAGAUCUUCAUCUACUGUUGGUUCGGGAACGAAGUCAAGUUGAAAAGCCUGCACGUGAUGAACAGUAUCUACGAGAUGGCGUGGCCGGCGCUUAGCAACGACAAUCAGAAAGCCCUGCUGUUGGUAAUGAAGCGCACGAUGGUCCCGGUCGAGUUCAGUAGCGCAUACAUAAUCACGAUGAAUCUUGACUCGUUUGUGGCUUUGCUGAAAAUGUCGUACUCGAUUUUUAAUCUGCUGCGACAAACGCACGAACAGUAAGCUCAACACGUUGCGCUGUGUGUCACGUGCAACCUAUACAUAUAUUAAAGUAUAGCAAGA